ACAUUAUGGUUGUUGUUCUUUUUUUUACGUUAGAAGAAAAAGUUAAUUUUUGAGUGCCUAUCUCCCACCCUUCAUCCAGUACAGUCCCACUGGUUGUUCUAUCACAUCGUCGUAAUCGUCGUUAUCAUAAAAGUCGUCGUCGUCAUCGUCAUCAAUUUUGGCAAGCCAGCUAGACCCGUUGUAGGCAGAAUCAACGCUGAGGGAUUCAUCGGAGGAACUAUCCAUGGCCCGGAUUUCCUCUCGCCACUGGAUAAAUUCAUCCUUGUCGCUGACGCGGAUGGUGUUCAGCUUGAUAGACAUGACCUCGUCUUUGGACUUUUCCAUGCGUUGGACACGUCGAAGUUCUGCAUUUGCAAAUGCUUUGGUUUCUUCAGUCACCAUUGGCUCACUCAGUCCCUUGAGAGGUCCGGAUAUAAGAGGCGGUGUCUUGUCACCUACAGAUCGAACUUCCUCCUGUUCAUUAUCCAUAUCCUGGCUCGGUGCCUCUGUCGUCUCCUGGUCAAUGGUAGCCCACGGCGUCAUCAGAGGUGCCAAAUAAUGGAUGUAUGAGUGAAGAAGAGUGGGAUGUGGACACGAUCGUAGGCCC